AGUACCCGUCACUACUGUCUCCAGAUCGCUCACGGGAAGCCGCCGCCGCCGUCGUCCCGCCUCCCUCCGCCUCUCCCCCUCUUUUAAGAGGCAUCCCUUCUCCAUCCCGCCGCCGAGGAUACUGUUUCUUGGCCCGGCACAGCAGGAGGCCGGCGGCGAGCAUCACGAGGAUCCCAAUGUGAGUUUCUAGCAGGGAAGCAGCGGAGCGGUUGGUAGGUAGCCGCAAUCCGGCUGUCUGAGGGAAGCUAGAUGGCAGAUCUCCCGGGUACUACUCGUAGCUGUUGCGACCCGCCGGCUGAUUCGACGGUUGAGGCCGUUGAAGAAGCAGUGGCUCCGACUGAUUUGUACUCCAAUUUGAAGAAAGCGGCUGAUUUCUCCGUUGAGAUAACAGAUGUGUGUGAUACCCCCAGCCAGCAAGUUGAUUCGACACUCCAGACGACCAUGGAUUCUGCAGAAGCACCACCUGCUCCGGUUGAGGAAUGCUUAAGGAAAGCAGCUCAACAGUUUAAGUUUGCUUCCUCCUCUGAGAUCACAGAUGGGCAUGAAAUCCAUGGAUGUAGCCGUGAGCAAGUUGAUGAGGGCAUGGACUUUGCAGAGACAGCGCUACUGGCUUCGGCUCCGGUUGAUAAUGACUACUUGGAAAAAACAGCACAAGAGUUCAAGGUUGAUUUCAACAAGAGAGAGGAGAAGAUGCAUAAGUUCCCUGCAAGCCUGCGCGGUCUCGGCAGCCCGUACAUUGUGCCCAGGGUCGUGGCCAUCGGCCCUUACCACCAUGGCUCACCCCACCUCCAGCAGAUGGAGAAAGCGAAGGGCAUGGCUGCCUACCACUUCAUCAGCGGGUCGCGCGGCCACUCGCUUGAAGAGAUCUAUGGGGCUGUCGUCAAGGUUGCAGACAAGGCCCGCUGCCUCUAUGCCAAAGACGCGGUGGCAGGUAUCAGCCAUGCUGACUUUGCGGCUAUGAUGUUCUAUGAUGCAUGCUUCUUGCUCGAGUUUAUGCUUGGUAACAAGGACCUGCUUGACUGCCCAGAGUUGCGAUAUGUUUUUCACUCCAACGAAAAAUUUAUCAUUAAUGAUGUAAUCUUGCUGGAGAACCAGCUCCCAUGAAUGGUUGUGGAAACCCUCCUUGAUUUUAGGUUUGUGCCAGUGAAGAGGAAACUUUUGAACUUCGGAGAAAAUCUCACAAACCGUGUGUAUCAUAUCAAACAAGAUGAAAUCCUUUCAGACUUGGAGGAAGAGUACACACCGCCUCAUCUCCUUGGUCUUCUUCGAUUCUACAAAACAAACAAGGAAAGGGCCACCAAAAUCAAGAUGGCCAACAAAAAGGCCAAAAGAGCCAGCAAGAUAGCAUUUCCAGCAUCUCUUCUAAAGGAGGUAUUUACAAUAUUGAAAGAGUUGAACACCCGAAUGAUGGCAGAGUCUAACAACCUCGAGGAUGUUCAUAUAGAAAGCCAUGUACCAUUAACCAAAAAGAAGUCCAGGAAAAAACUCAAUUCAGUGUCGGCAUCUACAAAUGUCAUCGAGCUUGCAGAAAUUGGCAUCAAGCUCAAAGCCAUCAGGACAGGAAUUUUCACAGAAAUUGGCAUCAGGAAAGGACCCCUGUUUGGCGAGCUUUUCCUGACGCCACUGAUGUUAAGCAGUGCAAGGGCGAGUUGGCUUGUAAAUAUGGCUGCUCUUGAGGUAUGCACGAGCUCAGGGGGUCAACGUCGUUAUCAACAUUGUGAUGAAGAGAUGGCCAUCUGCUCGUACAUUGCUCUGCUUUCGAUGCUCAUGGACCGGGAAGAGGACGUGCACGAGCUACGAAGGAAGCAUAUUGUGCAAGGAGAACUCACAAACAAAGAGGUGCUCCAGCUCUUCAAGAGCCUUACGAAGCACCUGACGUCCAGCCGCUCAUACCGCCGCAUCUUGAGAGACAUUGAGAGCUACAAGGUCAACAGGUGGCUGUGGAUCAAGGUGCACAAGUUCAUCUACAACAACUUUAGAACCAUUGUCACGGUAUUCUCUGUGGUCGGUGUUCUAGUGGGUAUUUUCAAGACGCUCCUCUCUCUUAAGCAACACGAGUAAAGAUCGACCAUGUUUACCAUACUUAUAUACAAAUACUCUGUUUCGUGCUUAAUUACAAUGGUCUGAUGUUAGUUUUUGGUUUUCAGAGUGAUGCAUGGUGUGAUGUUGUCUGUUCUGCAUUUGUCAAAUUGUUGGCACAAUGUACUGUAUCUGAAAUAUAAUUCUGAGUUACAACUUCACCUCA